AUGUCGAGCUCUGCUUUGCCCGUCACACCGCCAGCCGAGCCUGUCGUCGCUGCCGCCGCCGCCGGCGCCCCUCGCUCGUCAUCGCUCCCGGACGAGCUGUGGCUCAAGAUCCUCGGCGACCUCGACUACUCGGGCCUGCAGAAGGCGGCGCAGCUGUGCAAGAAAUUCAAGGGCUUCCUCCAGGAUCCCUCGUUCGACGACGCCCUGUUCCGCGCCCAGCCGCCCAAAGAACUCGCCGUCGGCAUGGAGGUCAUCAUCCACCCGCUCCUGCACGGCACGGACUGCCUCUUCGAGGGCAAGCACGCCGUGACGCGCGCAUGUUUCGUCAAGGGCGGCCGCGAGCGCACGGCGUUCCGCUACAAGGCCGUCGACGAUUUUGCCACCAGCCCUUCGUGCUGCCUGAUGUACCUCGACGUCGGUCUCUUUCAGUGCGUGCGGAUCAUCGACACGAACGGCAUCACGGUCCGCCGCGUGCUCAAGGGGCUCGGCCGCUUCUGGGGCUCGAGGCCGCCCGAGUGGUACGUUGCCGAGGUCUUCGGCGGCUGGUGUGACGACGAGGACGAGGACGAGUUGGAGGAUGUGACGUGGCGGUCGAUGCUGGACGGCUACGACAUGUGGACCGGGUGGGAAAAGGCCGGCGUCGAGACCGACGACGACGGGGUCCUGUCGGUCGUCCUGACUGCCAAGCCGUUCAGCUACUGA